GAGAGCGCGAGAAUUUCGGAGGAAGAGAGUGAGGGGGGAUAGCUAAUGGGUUCGAAGGAUAGUUGCAGGACCGAGCUUCGAACUGCAAUCCGCCAGCUUAGCGAUCGUUGCCUCUACUCCGCUUCAAAAUGGGCAUCAGAGCAACUAGUGGGAAUCGAACAAGACCCGGCAAAGUUCACACCUUCUCACACCAGAUUUCAGCGCGGGAGUUCCAGCAUUCGCAGGAGGUUCCGUACGAACGAUAUCCCUUCAACACCCGCUGCCGGCGUUUCCUAUACCACCACUCCAGUCCCCGAGGAAGAUGAGAUUGUGGAUAGCGAUUGUUAUCUUCUUGCUAAGUCCUACUUCGAUUGUCGGGAGUACCGGAGGGCUGCUCAUGCGCUUCGAGAUCAGACGGGAAAGAAAGCAGUAUUUUUGCGCUGUUACGCCCUUUUUCUGGCUGGUGAAAAGCGGAAAGAGGAAGAGAUGAUAGAACUUGACGGACCUUUAGGUAAGAGCGAUGCUGUAAACCAUGAACUGGUUUCUCUUGAGAGGGAGUUGUCAGCAUACCGCAAGAGUGGCAACAUCGAUCCUUUUGGCCUUUACUUAUAUGGGCUUGUGCUUAAGGAGAACGGUCAUGAGGAUCUCUCUCGUAACGUUCUUGUGGAAUCUGUUAACAGCUAUCCUUGGAAUUGGAGUGCCUGGUCAGAGCUGCAGUCUUUGUGCACCACCAUUGAUAUCUUAAACACUCUUAAUCUCAAGAAUCAUUGGAUGAAGGACUUCUUUCUUGCCAGUGCAUACCAGGGACUCAGGAUGCACAGUGAAUCCUUAUCAAAAUAUGAAUAUCUGCAAGGAACUUUUACUUUCAGCAAUUAUAUACAGGCUCAAAUAGCAAAAGCCCAGUACAGUUUAAGGGAGUUUGAGCAGGUUGAAGUUAUAUUUGAAGAACUUCUAAGAAACGAUCCAUAUAGAGUGGAGGAUAUGGAUAUGUACUCAAAUGUACUUUAUGCAAAGGAGUGCUUUUCAGCUCUGAGUUACCUUGCCCACAGGGUAUUCUUGACUGAUAAAUACCAACCUGAGUCUUGUUGUAUUAUUGGAAAUUAUUACAGUUUGAAGGGACAACAUGAGAAAUCUGUUGUAUAUUUUAGAAGGGCACUGAAACUCAACAAGAACUACUUGUCAGCAUGGACUCUGAUGGGUCAUGAGUAUGUUGAGAUGAAGAACAUCCCGGCUGCUAUUGAUGCCUAUCGACGGGCUGUAGAUAUUGAUCCAUGUGACUAUCGGGCCUGGUAUGGGUUGGGACAAGCAUAUGAGAUGAUGUGUAUGCCCUUCUAUGCACUGUACUACUUCCAGAAGUCAGUAUAUUUACAACCAAAUGAUUCCCGAUUGUGGAUUGCCAUGGCACAGUGCUAUGAAGCCGAGCAGCUUCACAUGCUUGAGGAGGCGAUCAAAUGUUACAAAAGGGCAGCAAAUUGUAAUGACAGAGAAGCAAUUGCAUUGCACCAACUGGCAAAGCUGCAUAAUGAACUUGGGCGUUCUGAAGAGGCAGCUUUUUACUACAAAAAGGAUUUGGAGAGGAUGGAAGAUGAGGACCGGGAGGGGCCAAAUAUGGUAGAAGCUUUGUUAUUUCUUGCUACACAUUGCAAAGCACAAAAGAGGUUCGAGGAAGCAGAAGUUUACUGUACCAGACUUCUGGAUUAUACAGGCCCAGAGAAGGAAACAGCAAAGAGCCUUCUACGUGGAAUGAGAGCAGCCCAGUCUGGUUUACCUUCCAUGGAUGUUGAGCAUUUCCCUCCAUAAGAAAAUUCCAAAAACAGGUAUUUCCUCUAAUGCCUGGUUUCACUGAAAUCAAGGACUAAUGAUAAAAAUAUGCUAGUAUGCCACAUGUCAGAUCAUACUGCUCAACAGAUUGUGAAACAUACAAACUGCAGAGGCAAUUGCUUGGUGCUUGACUCCUUAUUCCUGAAGUACAAGACGAGCUUUAUGGAAAAAUCAAUUGAUUUUUCGAAAAAAUCAUGCAAUUACAUGUUUGAAACCUUCUAAAUCAUUUGUAUGAAUUUCAAGUGGUAUACAAUAGUGCUUCUGCGUUCUGUAGCCCUACACUGAGACUUGUAGAGAAAAAGCCUUUGAAGCUUGAGGACCAAGUUCAACAACCAGCAGUUAUUUAUGACUGAGAACUUGCUGGCAUCUUGAUCUGUUCAUUCCAUUUUUAUUUUUGCUUGUCCAGUCAUGUACGUGUUCAUUUUAAACGUUACAGAAAUGGUGUUUCUCUUUUGUAAUUUUUCUUCAAUUUAAUAAAGUUUGAUAUACAAAAAAUGA